GUGUGUAUGUGUGUGUGUGCGAUAUAUCCUGAUCAAGUUUGGUUUACCUGUUGUCCUAGCUGUCGGAUGUGGACACCUUGUGUUUGCAUGCGGUACUGCGGUCUGUACCACUUCCGGUGAAGCUGUAGGAUGCGGUGCGUGCGGUGCUGGGCCAGGUACCGGUUUCUGGUAUACCCGAUAUCCUGUUGGAUACUUAUGGCCGCUACGGCUUAUACCGUGUACAACAUGGCGGGUAGACAAACUGUCCCUAGAACUACCCAGUCUCAUACUACCAUGGUGCUGGUAGUUGCGUACAUGCGCAGUGGGUCGAGUUUUUUGGGUGACAUUCUACAACAGCACGAGUCCAGCUUCUAUGUGUACGAACCCCUCAAGUUUGCUGCAGACAGGACCGACAACAACCAGACUAUUGCCCUCUUCAAUGGAUCUGAAAGGUAUUUUCAUACGCCGGAGGAAAAGGUUUCGUUUUUUGUGGAGACUUUGUACAACUGGUUCACCUGCAACUUCAAUGACCUUGACAUUGGCACGCUGACCAGCAGUUAUUUGCUGUAUUACAGUAAGAUGACGCGGACUUACUCAGGAUGUCUAAGACGAUACAACCAUACCACGGCCGGGAUCGAUAACUGUAUCCACCAUCUCCACGCCACAUGUGUCCCCGCCAAACUCCGUGUGAUCAAGUGUAUAAGGAUUGAUAUGGAUACCGUUAACCUUCUACAACAAAGACUUCCAUUUCUAAAGGUCAUUCAUGUUGUUCGUGACCCCAGAGGUGUGAUGAAUUCUAGGGUCAAGGUCAAACUGUCAAAUUGGAUAAAUCUUGACACAGAGGUUACUGAUCUCUGUAGCAGAAUGACAAAUAACAUAGAAAUGGCUGCUCAAAUGAAUGAGAAUUAUGUGAAACAAAUUGUUUAUGAACUAGUGGCAGAACAUCCUAUAGGGAUGGCAGAGGAGCUUUAUAAGUUUGCUGGACUAGAGUUGAGCCCUAUGGCGAGAAAGGGAGUGUACCGAUUAAGCCAUUACUCACCGCUUGCCCGUGACUGUGACUGGUGCACAAAAAAAUCCAACUCCACAAAGACAUCACUGCUGUGGAGAUCACAGUUAGACCUGGAGCAUGCUAGGACUAUAGACUCUCACUGCUUAGAGCUGUACAGAGCUAUGGGCUACCUAGCUGUAGAGGACGUACAGCAGCUUAGGAACCUCAGCAUCCCUCUACGUCUAAGGAUUCUCCCUCCAGGUCCAUUGUGACAUCAACCAAAUUCAACAAAUGAUGUUACAAAACUGCUGAUCUCAGAGAGCAUAAUACAUUUCUUCUCAAAUGUUCAUUAAAUUGACUGUACUUUGGCCAUUGUUUCAAGUUAAGACGGAACUGUACUUUGGCCAUUGUUUCAAGUUAAGACGGAACUUCUUAAUAUAUGUUCAUGAAACUUGAUGAUUUCAAUGGAUGCUUGAAGAAAAAUUGACCUUAAAAUUUUUGAUUUUGUGAAUUGAAAAAUGUUCUUAAAGUUGAGCAGUUUUGUAACUCCAAGCUGG